AAUAUCGUUAGUUAUCAUUACUUGCAAUUACGUAUUUCAUGCAAUUCCGAAAAAGGUAAAAUCAUCGAAUGCAUCAAAGAGAACGUAAUAUAAACGUCAACGUAAAGGAAUAAAAGACUAUUAUUGUUAAUAAAUUUGUAAAAUUCAUAAAAUUUAUUAAAGUGUGCGGCACCGUGAAUGUAGAACUUCCGGCGGAACAGCAUUGUCGCAGAUGAUCACGUGAUCGAAGAUCGACUUCUUCGUUUGUGGCCACGAGGUUUUGUGGUGAAAAUUAAGUUUACCGGGUGGAAAAGGCCCUAUAUUUUUGUAUUUAUACAAAAAUGCCCUCCAGCAAUCCCUUACCACCCAAAGAAAAUGCCUUGUUUAAACGAAUUCUGAGGUGUUACGAACAUAAACAAUAUAAAAAUGGGAUAAAGUUUGCAAAGCAAAUUUUAUCAAACCCUAAAUUUAGUGAACAUGGAGAGACCUUGGCAAUGAAAGGUCUCACUCUGAACUGCUUAGGUCGCAAGGAAGAAGCAUAUGAUCAUGUCCGGAGAGGUCUUAGGAAUGAUUUGCAAUCUCAUGUAUGCUGGCACGUUUAUGGACUUUUACAACGCUCGGAUAAGAAAUAUGAUGAAGCUAUUAAGUGUUAUAGAAAUGCCCUUAAAUGGGAUAAGGAUAAUAUUCAAAUUCUUAGGGACUUAUCGCUGCUUCAAAUUCAAAUGAGGGAUCUGGAGGGUUAUAAGGAUACAAGAUAUCAAUUGUUUAUGUUACGUCCUACACAGCGUGCUUCGUGGAUUGGUUUUGCUAUCUCAUAUCAUUUAUUAAAGGACUAUGAAACAGCUCUUAAAAUUUUAGAUACAUUUCGAAAUUCUCCCAUGAUUUGUUACGAUUAUGAGCACAGUGAAUUGUUAUUAUAUCAAAAUAUGGUUAUCCAAGAAUCAGGAGAAUGCGAACAGGCAUUAAAACAUCUUGACAAAUAUAGUGAUCAAAUUUGUGAUAAAGUUACUGUAAAAGAAACAUAUGGUAAAUUAAGAUUACAAUUAAAACAAUAUGCAGAAGCAGCACAAGUUUAUAAGGAACUUUUAAAUAUAAAUCCAGAAAAUACAACUUAUUACGCUAGGCUAGCAGAGGCUGAAAGACAUACUAAACCUGAAGAAACAUUAGCUAUGCUCCAAAGAUACGAAGAAUUAUUUCCUCGAGCGUUAGCACCGCGUCGCUUACAAUUAAAUUAUGCUGUAGGAGAUGAAUUUAAAACAUUAGUAGAUCGAUACUUACGAAGAGGUCUCCAUAAAGGUGUACCACCUUUGUUUGUAAAUCUUCGUUCCUUAUAUACAGAUCAACAAAAGGUUGAUAUUAUACAGUCUUUGGUUUUGGAAUACAAAGAAGCAUUAAAAGCUCAUGGGCAUUUUAAUGAUCAAGAGAAAGAUAAUCCGCGAGAACCUGCUUCGGCAUUGUUAUGGACUUAUUAUUAUUUAGCACAACACUAUGAUCAUCUUGGACUUACAGAAAAAGCACUAAAUGAAAUUGAUGCUGCCAUAGAACAUACACCUACACUUAUAGAACUUUUUGUUACCAAAGGUCGCAUUUAUAAGCAUGCCGGUAAUGUUCAAGAGGCUUAUAAAUGGUUGGACGAAGCACAAGGAUUAGAUACUGCAGAUCGAUAUAUCAAUUCCAAAUGUGCCAAGUACAUGUUGCGAGCGAAUCUCAUUAAAGAAGCGGAAGAAACGUGUAGCAAGUUUACCAGGGAAGGAGUUUUAGCUAUGGAGAAUUUAAAUGAAAUGCAGUGUAUGUGGAUUCAAACAGAAGCAGCCAACGCUUAUAAACGUCUUGGAAAAUAUGGGGAGGCAUUAAAAAAAUGUCACGAAGUUGACAGGCAUUUUUCUGAAAUCAUAGAAGAUCAAUUCGACUUCCAUACCUACUGUAUGAGAAAAAUGACUUUGAGGUCUUACGUGGGUCUUCUAAGGUUAGAAGAUGUGCUUCGAGCUCAUCCAUUUUAUUUUAAAGCAGCGAAAUGUGCAAUGGAGGUUUAUUUACGACUACACGAUGAACCGUUACCCGAUCCAACGCAGGCGCAAGAAAUCGACACCGAAAAUUUAGCGCCAUCGGAAUUAAAAAAAUUGAGAAACAAGCAGAGGAAACAACGUAGAAAGGCUGAAUUGGAAAGACAACAAGCUGCUCAAGCUCAAGAAAAGAGAGAACAGCACAAUAAAUCACGACAACAGACCGAUCCUGAUUUAGAACAACCUACGCUAGAUGAACUUAUACCGGAGAAACUGGAGAGGGUCGAGGACCCGUUAGAGCAGGCAAUCAAAUUUUUACAACCAUUACAAGAUUUGGCAUCGAAUAGAAUAGAGACGCAUCUUAUGGCAUUUGAAAUAUACAUUCGUAAAGGUCGUACGUUGUUAAUGUUAAGGUCGAUAAAACGUGCACACGGUUUAGAUCCUAAUAAUCCAGAUCUUCAUACAUGUCUGGUACGUUUCAUGUUAUACAUUAACCGUUCACCGUUGGAAGGACCCGUAGGCGAAGUAGUGAAACGGCAAACAGCAGGAAUUUAUUCAGCUUCAACGGCUACUCAAUUGAAUGCUGAAUUCCUAAAAAAGAAUCGAAACUCACUGCCGCAUCUACUUCAGGGUGCGAGGAUGUUAUAUGUCCUGGAUCCCUCUGCUCAAACAAAAGCUCUCUCACUUAUCACAAACAUUGAUGGUCUUGAAAGUGUAACACUCCAGAAUUGUACAAAAGUAUUGGAGUCAUUAUGCAACGGUGAUUUUGGCCAUUGCGAUUCGACGAUCACUGAUUAUAUGGUGAAAUGUCAUAAAUACUUCCCGUACGCGACCGCUUUUCGACCGCCAGAAACGAAAGUGACGGUAACAAUCAAACAUCAAGAAAAAGAGAAUUCCAUCAAGAACUGAUCCAGGCACGCGCUGUCCAGCGUUACUGAAUCGUUAUGUAGUUAGACGACGAGGCAAGUGAAGGAGUAUGCUAAGAUAUGUUCGAUCUACGUUGAAGAAACAAAA